GGAUUUUCCACUCCAGCAACAUUGCAGAGUACAAGCUAGGCUGCACAGAGCACAAAAUCCUGCUAAAGCAGGGCACCAAGAAAGAGAGCUUCUUCAAGGAGUCCAGAGACUUCUCUUCCCAUUCUCAGAUCUGCACCUGCUUCUAAGGGAAGAAUCUGCCCUCCUAGAGAUUUAAUUUCCACCCAAGAAAAAAUUGGACGCUGGUACCAUGGUUGUUAAAGACAGUAGGGAUACUGGGGACACUCGGGUUGGGGUGCUCCUGGAGCCCUUCAUCCACCAGGUCGGGGGGCACGUAAGCAUGAUGAAAUAUGAUGAACAUACAAUCUGCAAGCCCCUCAUCUCUCAGGAACAGAGAUUCUAUGAGUCCCUACCUUUGGCGAUGAAGCAGUUCACACCUCAGUACAAAGGCACCAUCACUGUGCAUCUCCUGAAAGACAGCCGGGGCCAUCUCAAUCUGGUUGCCAAUCCACUGACAGACAACCGUGGGCCCUACGACGUAUCAUCCGAGUCAUCAGUGAUGCUAUGGCAGAAGCUGCAGAAGAACAGCAGUGAACACGGCAAUGAUUGCCCUCUUGUUCAGUGGAAGCACACUCAGCUGACACAGUCUCUUAAGGAGAGCUGUCCAGGCAAAACGCACCUGAGGACCGAAUUCCACGUCUCCUCCUUCAUGGAAGACACAAAUGGUAACCAGGCCGAGAGAAAGAGCUGCAACCCGUGGAGACUGCACUGCCAUAAGGAACACCUGACUCGGAUGUACUCUGAGUACCAAGAGAACAAAAUGCAUCGGUUUUUGCUGCUUGAAAAUGUAGUGUCAAAGUACAAGCAUCCUUGCAUUCUUGACCUGAAGAUGGGCACCAGGCAACAUGGAGAUGAUGCCUCAGAGGAGAAGAAAGCCCGCCACAUAAAGAAGUGUGAACAAAGUACCUCCGCUUCCCUCGGGGUUCGCAUCUGUGGCAUGCAGGUUUAUCAAGCUGAUUCAAAUCACUUUCUCUGCAAAGAUAAAUAUUAUGGAAGAAAACUUUCAACUGAUGGGUUCAGGCAAACUCUCUAUCAGUUCCUGCACAAUGGCUUACACCUUCGAACGGACCUCCUGGAACCCAUCCUCUUCCAACUCAAGGCUCUCCUCUCAGUCAUUAAGAACCAGAGUUCCUAUAGGUUCUACUCCAGUUCUCUCCUCAUCAUCUAUGAUGGACAAAUGCCCCCAGAAAGAACCACAGGCAGUCACCGUCAGGGAUGCUUGCAGAAGACAAACUGCUCCUCUCCAGAAGGGCUCUCCAAAGUUGAUAUCCGUAUGAUAGACUUUGCACAUACAACCUACAAGGGCUCUCGGUACAACCACACCAUCUAUGAUGGACCAGAUCAUGGCUAUAUUUUUGGCCUAGAAAAUCUUAUCCAGAUCCUUCAGGAUAUCUCAGAGGUUGAAUGACACUUAAUGAGACUUUGCUGGGGUACAGUUCUCAAAAGGGACCCACUGUUAGCAAGGGUGGACUAUGCAUCCCCACAGCUUGUUAACUACCGUAUCUGCUUACAAGAGCCCAGGAAGCUUCCUGUACAAGGCAGGAGACUUUUAUGGGAAAUAACACUAAAGAAGGCAGCUGCACGGAAAACCCUCGUUUAAUUAAUUCCACAUACUCUUGAAUCACAACACAAGGCUACUAGCACCCAAGUAGAAUUCAACUGAGCAGCUAGGUGGCGCAGUGGAUAGAGUGCUAGGCCUGGAAUCAGGAAGACUCAUCUUCCCAAGUUCAAAUGUGUGACCUUGGGCAAGUCACUUCACCCUGCUUGCCUCGGUUUCCUCAUCUGUAAAAUGAGCAGGAGAAGGAAAUGGCAAACCGAUCCAGUAUCUUUGCCAAGAAAACUUCAAAUGGGGUCACCAAGAGUUGGACACAACUACUGAACACAAAGAAUUCAACAUAAGAUGGGUGCAUUUUGGAUGCUAUUGAAGGGACAAAAUAACUUCAUUAAUGUGUAAAUUUACCUAUCAACUGGUCCCAUAGCAUGGACUUCAAGGACAAUGUUAUAGCAAGGCACCUGUCUAUUUGCAUCCAAGAAUCUCUCCCAUUUGUUUUGCUACAAUCCUACAGAAACUGUGAGGCAACUGAAAACGCUACUUGAAAAAGUCUUAAAGACACAAUUUGGAUAACCUCAACGUCUCUCUGAUUACAUGGGCUCUUCACUCGGUAAGGGGUUUUAUCCUUUCCAAGAGACAUUUUCCAAAGUAGAGAAUCCAGUAGGAUGAGUUUACAGGUCUUAGCUUUUUUUCUUUUUCACUCAGGCUCAUAAUGGUUGGCCAACAAGUACACUCUACAUGAGCAAUGGCAAAACCAACAGACUAAAUUCUCCAUUGCCAGGAAUCAACAUCUGUGUGUCUCACUGAGGCUAACUAUAUAGAAUCAUAAAUGACCGUUAGAAUGAUUCUGGUAUGCAUUGACCAUGUUGAGAUUCACACUAUGACAUGUAGCUUCAAAUAGGGUAAGAAUUAGUCAAGGUUAACCCACUUAUGAUCAGCUAUCAUUUAUAUAUGUAAAAUUUUUAUUUAUUUUGGGAGGGAGUCUGGGGGUAAGGAGCAGGGAGGAACAAGAGGCCUGAAGGGGCACUGGGAAAAUGUUUACAAGAUUAGUAGAUAAAUGUAAAUAUGGAGCAAGCUGCAAAAAGUUCUAAUUAAUUCCUUUCUGUGCAGGGUGAAAACCUAUUAUAAUACCCUAUUACAAAGAUAUAGAACUCAAUUAAGAAAAUAAAUUUGUUAAUAAAAUUGUUUGGGUCACUA